AUGGGGUGUCGCUCGCUGGUAUUGCUAGGUGUCUUGGGCUUGUGCAGCUGGGGCUGCUGGUCACGCGCAGAAGAUGCAGCUGCUGAUGCUGCUGCUGGACCUAGGGGUCCUGAGGCAACGCUUGCAUCAAUUCCUGAGUUGAAGGGGCAGGCCGAUGGGACGCACGAGACGCACGAGUACCAGGCGGAGGUAAGCCGUCUAAUGGACAUCAUCAUCAAUUCCCUCUACACCCAACGCGAUGUCUUCCUCAGGGAGUUGAUAUCGAAUGCCGUCGACGCUCUGGAGAAGGCGCGUUUCCUCUCCAUAUCCUCAGCAGACACCAGCAACAGCAGCAGCAGCAAGACGGAGUUGGCAGUGUUUAUUGAAGCAGACCCGCAGCAAAAGGUGGUGUCGGUGUGUGAUACGGGUGUCGGCAUGUCGAAGCAAGAGUUGAUUACGAAUUUGGGGACGGUGGCGAAGUCGGGAACGAGCAAUUUCCUAGAGGCUCUGGCAAGCAGCAACAACGGGGACUUGUCUCUGGUGGGGCAGUUCGGUGUUGGGUUUUAUUCGGCAUUUCUCGUCGCAGACCGGGUGACAGUAGUCUCGCGUAGCAGCGGGGAAGACCAGUACGUGUGGGAGUCGAGCGCAGAUGCAAAGUACUACAUAGAUAAAGACCCCAGGGGCAACACGCUGGAGCGAGGCACUUGCGUUGUGCUGCAUUUGAAAGAAGACGCCACAGAAUUCGCAAGUGUCGACAGACUCAGAGAGCUGGCAACGCGAUACAGCCAGUUCAUGUCUUACCCUAUUUACCUCAAAGUGAAGCAGACCGUCAGCGAGGAGGUGCCUGUUGAAGAUGAAAAGGAAGACAAAGCAGAAGACAAAGAGAAGUCAGAAGAGGAAGAUGUACAAGUACAAGAUGUAGACGAAGAAACUGACGAUAAGGAGGCGAAAAAAAAGAAGACGAAGACAGUGGAGCGGGAGGUGGAACGUUGGGAUCGGAUAAACGAACAGAAGGCGAUUUGGCUGCGACCGCGCGAGGAGAUAACGGAGAAGGAAUACGAGGACUUCUACAAGUCGGUGACGAAGGACUGGAGUGAGCCGCUAGUCCACAUGCAUUUUUCAGCAGAGGGAGAGGCGGAGUUUAAGGCGCUUUUGUAUAUACCGAAGCGCUCUCCCGCAGACAUCUUCUCUCAGUACUUUGGCAAGCAAACCAGCAUCAAGCUGUACGUACGCCGCGUGUUGGUGGCCGAUGUUUUCGAUGAUAUGCUGCCCAAGUACCUCCACUUUGUCAGGGGAGUUGUGGACUCAGACGAUCUCCCACUGAAUGUGUCCCGUGAGCAGCUGCAGCAGCACAAGGUCCUCGGCAUCAUCAGCAAGAAACUGGUGCGCAAGACUCUAGAGACUGUGCGGAAGAUGUUCCUCGACGCGAACAAGAAGCGGGAGGAGCAGCAGAAGCAGCUGGAGGAGACGUCCGAGGAGCAGGAGAAGGAGAAAAUAAAAAAGGAGAUGCAACAGCCUUCGCUGUACGACCAGUUUUACAAGGAGUUCGGACGCAACCUUAUGCUCGGCUGCUAUGAAGACGAUGAAAACAGGCUGAAGAUCGCCAAAGUGCUCAAGUUCUACUCCAACACAAGCCCGACAGAACCUAUCUCUUUAGAAGCCUACGUCUCACGAAUGAAGGAGGGCCAGCCCGCCAUCUAUUACGCCGCGGGAGAGACGGCUCAGCAGCUCCUGUCCCAACCCCAGAUGCAGUUCUUCACCAAAAAGGGAUAUGAAGUCCUUUUCUUGUUGGAAGCCAUGGACGAGCCAUGCAUUCAGAGACUUGGAGACUUCGACGGGAAGAAGUUUGAGUCUAUUCAGAAGGGCAACGUGACUCUAGAGGAGACACCCGAUGAAAAGCGGCAGUUCAAGCGUCUGACAAAGUAUUACGAUCCUUUGCUGAAGUGGUUGAAGAAGGUUUUGGGGCCGAAGGUGUCUAAGGUCGAGGUGUCUCGGCGGCUGGUAGAGGCGCCGUGUGCAGUGGUGGCUUCGCAGUGGGGGUAUUCUGCGCAGAUGGAGAAGGUGAUGAAGACGCAGACCUUCGCUGAUCCGAUGCACUUGCGGUUGAUGCGGGGACAGAAGGUAUUUGAAAUCAAUCCGAGCCACCGUAUCAUGCAGCAGCUGCUGCAGCGCGUACGGGAUGGAGGAGAGGACUCCAUGAAGGAUGAGGACACACAACUUGCAGAACGUCUCUUUGAUGCAGCAAUGCUCGCAUCAGGCUUCGACGUAGAACAGCCGGCGCAGCUGGCCGCAGUCCUGUACAAGGGACUGGCGAGCCAGGUGGGAGUGGAUCCCGCAGAUCCCAUCAACGAAAAUAUCGACUUGCCAGAAGAGGAAGCAGACAAGACGGAGGAGAACGCCGAGGAACCAAUGGACAACCGCUCCGCGGAGGAUAUCUUCGCCAACCUUGACCUGGGAGGGGGCUUGAAGGACGAGCUUUAA